AGUCCCGGCAGGCGACAGCGACGGCGUCGGAACUCGCUGGAAUACUCGGCCCAGAGCUGCUCAACAGUUCUCAAAGUCUGGGCUCACGGGCGCGCGGCUCCUUGUGAGCCCGGGCGGCGCUGGGGCGCGGGGACCCCGGGCUGCUGCAUGGUGGACGGCCCGGGACAUGCCCCGCACCCCUCGCCGGACGCCCUCGUGGCUCCUCUGGCUACGACUGCUCCGAACUCUGGUUCUAGAUCGACCAGCGCCCCAACUUCUGACUUUGGGGUCCCCCAGCCCUAGAGGAACGGAUAGCUCGGCUGGGGGAGCCCCGGGCAUGGUGUGACGGGGCGGGCGGCGUGGCUGUGCCCCCCACUGCGGCCACACGUGGUCCCCGCGCCUUCCGUCAUGUAGCUGCUGUCCCGCUCCCCUCGGCCUCCAGCCGCAGUCUCCGCGACCUCCAGCCUCCAACUCUUUGUCCCCCAGGAUCCCGCCGCGUUCUUCGCGUCCUCAGGAUUGCAGCCGCCGUCUCUUCGUCCUCCGGAUUCCAGUUUCCCCAUCCUCCCAACCCCCCCCCUUUGCCUUCGCACCCCUGGGCCACCGGCCGCGGUCCCUGCCAUUUCCCCAGGAUCCAGCCACCGCUCCUGCGCACCCUCCCCCUCAACCCACCCUGCUGCCGUCGUCUCCACUCGCCGGCCGGUCUAGACUGCAGUCACCGUCUCCGCGUCUCCCCCAAGCUUAGACUCCAGCCGUGACCUCCGCGGCCCCGCGAAUCCAGCUGUCGCGCCGCUGGCCGCAGGUGCAGCAGCCGCCCCGCGCCGCGCGCCCCGAGUGCGUGCGGCCCGGCCUCGGCGGGGAGAUGAACGCGCAGCUGGACGGUCUUUCUAUGAGCUCGUCCUCCACCGGCUCGCUGGGCUCGGCGGCCGCGGCGGGCGGCGGCGGUGGCGGCGCGGGGCUGCGGCUGCUGUCUGCCAACGUGCGCCAGCUGCACCAGGCGCUCACGGCGCUGCUGAGCGAGCCCGAGCGGGAGCAGUUCACUCACUGCCUCAACGCGUACCACGCGCGCCGCAACGUCUUCGACCUGGUGCGCACCCUGCGCGUCCUGCUGGACAGUCCGGUCAAGCGGCGUCUGCUGCCCAUGUUGAGACUGGUCAUCCCGCGCUCCGACCAGCUGCUCUUCGACCAGUAUACCGCCGAGGGUCUGUACCUGCCCGCCACCACCCCCUAUAGGCAGCCUGUCUGGGCUGCUCCCGACGGCGCGGGGCCCGGGGAGGUGCGGCUCGUGAGCCUGCGGCGCGCCAAGGCCCACGAGGGCUUGGGCUUCAGCAUCCGCGGGGGUUCGGAACACGGCGUGGGAAUCUACGUGUCACUAGUGGAGCCGGGCUCCCUGGCAGAGAAGGAAGGGCUGCGGGUCGGGGACCAGAUUCUGCGCGUCAACGAUAAAUCUCUAGCCCGGGUGACCCACGCCGAGGCUGUCAAGGCUCUCAAGGGCUCCAAGAAGCUUGUGCUGUCUGUGUACUCAGCUGGGCGUAUCCCCGGAGGCUAUGUCACCAACCACAUCUACACCUGGGUGGACCCACAGGGUCGCAGCACAUCCCCUCCCUCCAGCCUGACCCAGCCCCAUGGCAGCACCCUGAGACAGCAUGAGAGUGACCGGAGGAGUGCCCUACACCUCCUGCAGAGUGGAGACGAGAAAAAGGUGAACCUAGUGCUGGGGGACGGCCGGUCCCUGGGCCUCACGAUCCGAGGUGGAGCUGAGUACGGCCUUGGCAUUUACAUCACUGGUGUGGACCCAGGCUCUGAAGCAGAAAGCAGUGGGCUCAAGGUUGGGGACCAGAUUCUGGAGGUGAAUGGGCGGAGCUUUCUCAGCAUCUUGCAUGACGAGGCGGUGAAGCUGCUCAAGUCAUCCCGGCACCUCAUCCUGACUGUGAAGGACGUUGGAAGGCUGCCCCACGCACGUACCACCGUGGACCAGACCAAGUGGAUUGCCAGUUCCCGGAUUGGGGAAAGCACCACCAACUCAGCAGGGUUUCCAGGGGACCUCACAGAAGAAGGGACAAACAAGCCAGGAUUUUACAAGGGCCCAGCUGGCUCCCAGGUGACCCUGAGCAGCCUGGGGAAUCAGACACGUGCACUUCUGGAUGACCAAGCCCGGCACCUGCUGACGGAGCAGGAGCGUGCUACCAUGAUGUACUACCUGGACCAGUACCGUGGUGGUACCAUCUCUGUGGAGGCCCUGGUCAUGGCACUGUUUGAGUUGUUCAACACCCACGCCAAGUUCUCUCUUCUGUCUGAGGUGAGGAGCACCAUCUCACCCCAAGACCUGGAACUUGACCACCUGGUGCUGAGGCGGGAGAUCGAGUCCAUGAAGGCGCGGCAGCCGUCAGGCCCUGGUGCUGGAGACACCUACUCUGUGGUAUCCUACAGUGACACGGGCUCAUCCACAGGCAGCCAUGGCACCUCCACAACUGUCAGCUCAGCCAGGGUGAGCUGCCCCUGCCCUAUCCCUGGUGAGAAGGUCAGGGGUUAAGAUGUUAAC